ACAGGAACCACGUGUGUUGUUUGUUGCGAUCGGGGGUACCGGUUGACAGCUUUCAUAUUUUGGCCUAUACAUAUUCAAAGAGGGAAAAUGUCUACAAAUCUUGGGAAACUCUUCGAAUUUAUGUCAUUAAUAGGCCAACUGAAGAGGGUGAAAAGAACAGGCUGGGUUCUCAAAAAUGUGACCGACCCUGAGAGCGUGUCUGACCACAUGUACAGAAUGGCCAUGCUGUCAUUUCUUGUUGAUCCUAAAACUGGAAUAAAUAAAGACAGGUGCAUUAAAAUGUCAUUGGUCCAUGACAUGGCAGAGAGUAUUGUGGGAGAUCUCACACCGUCAGACAAUGUUUCUAAGGACGAGAAGUUCAUCAGAGAAGAGAAAGCCAUGCAACAUAUUACAAGUCUGGUUGGAGACGAAGCUUCACAGGAAAUGAUUUCUCUCUGGAAGGAAUACGAGACUCAGUCAACAGCGGAGGCGAGAUUCGUGAAGGAUCUGGACCGGUUUGAGAUGAUACUUCAGGCUGCAGAGUAUGAACAGUUGGACGGGCGACCAAAGGCACUACAGGAAUUCUUUGAUAGUACCAACGGAAAGUUCCAAUCACCCCAAGUCAAAGAAUGGGUGGAGGAAUUGAAGAGGAUACGUCAGGAAAAUCAUAAGAAUGAUAAAACUUGAUGUUUUUUUAAUUUAUUUAAAUUGGACAUUCAAAAAAAUGUGGAUAAGAUACCCCAUAGUAAAAUCUGAAGCAUGCUCGGAGCAUAUUUGCCGACUCUCCCUAUUAAGGAUGGAGACUUCUGCUUUUGGACCUUUAAAUUACAUAUUUUCAACCAGUGAAUUUGCUAAAUUAUUCCUAUAUUCUAAGAACUAAUGAUUUCAUCUGAAA